AUGCUGCUCUGCGUGUGCGAGAUCUGCAACUGUGGACGCCACCGUUGCAAAACCCUGUCCAAGGCACCCUAUGGGAAGGGCAGCCAGGGUUGUAUAGUGAGCGAGUACACUGAGAAAUAUCCAGGUUAUAAGAGUUUUCAACCACCCAAGAGUCUUAAGCCCAAACAGGAAGAAAAGAGAAACUAUGAACGGAUGGAGGGAAUGACCACAUUUAGGUCCGAUUUCAUUCCAUAUAAAGUGAGCCGGCGCCCUGGAAAACAUUGGGCUGAAUACCAUCCUAUUCCAGGUAAGCUUGACUUGACCUCUACGUACAGGCAGGAGUUUGUCCCUCAUAAGGUCGAGCCUGCUUUUCCACGGCGCCCAAAGGAGGGGAUACGAGGUGCAAAGAGCAAAAUGGACACCGUUCCAACCUAUAAAGACGAAUUCCGUCAGUGGGAAAUAACCAAGCGGGAGAGCUCCAAACCCAAGGUGUCUUACCAUCCUCCAACUGAGAAGUUCGGAAAUACCACAACAUUCCAAGCUGAUUUCAUUCCACAAGGUUUUGUUCACUGUGAGAGCUUCAAACCUCCAAAUGUAACCAAGCUGUCUGAUGCUCCUUUCGAUGCAGUGACCAGUAACCAGCUGGAUUAUAUCCCUCACCCAGUGCGUGUGCAUGUAGUCAAAGCUCAUUGUGAGUACAAACCUAGUAACGAGCCUAUGCAAGACCUCACAUCAUACCGGGAUGACUAUCAGGGCCUGCCAGGCCACAUGCCCAAGAGCUGCAAGCCUGAACACGUCCCAUUGUCCUAUGAUGCACCCUUCCAGAGCAGCACUGAGUUCCGAGAUUGCUUCCAGCAGUGGGAUGUGUCUCCUCAAUACCUGCGAAAAACGGCAGUGUACACAAGACCUACAGAGCAAAUGGAUAUGAACACGACGACUGGCACAACCUUCAUCAAACACCAGGUCCAGCCAUUUGUCCCUGCUAAGACCCCGUCUAAGCCAGUUUGUUCUUCUGCUCCUUUUCAAGGCAGCAGCACCAUGAAGGACGACUUUAAAUCCUGGAAAAUCCAGCGCCAAGAAAUAAUCUGCAAAGCUCCAGAAAUCCAUAGACCUAGCGGGAAGAUGGAGGACAUGACCACUUUUAAGGCCCAUUAUAUCCAGCACAAACUGCAGCCCAAUAUCAGCUGCAAGCCAGUUGCUGCCCCAUUGAGGAGUGAAGCACCUUUCGAUGAGGACACCACAUACCGUAAAGAGUUCACGCCCAAAAAGAUCAACGUGUGUCCAGCCAGCUUGGAGUCGAUGCCAGGGUUUGUCUUUGACAAGGUUGAUGAGAGCGGUCACAGGUUCUUCUUUAAAGUGAACUCCCAGGAGCAGAAGUCUGCAGGGUGUGCGGUGUAGGCUCUUACAGAGUCUUAAGAGCAAAGCUCGCAAAAUAACAGGAAACAAAAGCAUAAUCUCUCAUAAUUUCAGUCUGAAUAUGUUUUUUUUUUUUUAAAUAAAGCUGAGGGAUAUUAUGGCAUGAGAUUAGUGAAGUGCAUCUCUAAAAAGCUAAACAUGUUUAAACUCAUAAUGUCCCAUCCAUCCACUCUGACAAGUCAUCGCAGGACUGACACACAACCAUUCACACUCACGGUCAAUUUAGA